AUAUCAAUUUUUUUUGUUCUGAUAGGUAGUAUUUUAUUAUGUAAUAAUUGAGUUUUUGUUAUAAUUUCUCUUUCUAUGGCAUGUUUAAUAAGAUUAAUUAAUAUUAACCAAUUUUUUACUUUUAGCUUAAACAUUAGAUGAUACUCAAGAUCUCUGAGAAAUAUAUUGAUUUUUUUAACAGUUUAUCUUUUUUUAUUGGUUUUUCUUACCUCUAAAAAUCUAUCAUCUGUUAAAUUCAAUACUACACUGAUCAUAUUAACAAUCUUCCUAGUUGUGACGUUUAGUACGAAGAAUUUAUUUUAUUUUUAUAUAUUUUUUGAGGCCUCUUUAAUUCCUACAUUAGCCCUAAUCAUCGGCUGAGGGUAUCAACCCGAGCGCUUGCAGGCCGGUACCUAUAUAAUAUUAUACACAGUUUUCGCUUCACUGCCAUUGUUGGUCAUAAUUAUGUAUUUUUUUGAUGUACAUAAUACUUGUGAUUUUCAAAUUUUAGAACUGUUAAUCAAAUCCCCUUUGGAGUGAUAUAUAGUCAUUUUUGUUUUGACUGCAUUUUUAGUGAAACUACCAAUUUAUAGUACUCAUUUGUGGCUUCCUAAAGCACACGUAGAAGCUCCUUUAGCUGGGUCAAUAAUCUUAGCUGGAGUAUUGUUAAAAUUAGGAGGAUAUGGGUUGAUUAAAAUGGGAACUACAUUUAUGAUCAGAAGAAUAAAUCUUGUAAGGGUAUUCGUCUAUUCUUUAAGUAUUUGGGGUGCUGUUUUAUCUAGGUUGAUAUGUUUACGUCAAGUUGAUGUGAAGGCUAUAGUAGCUUAUUCGUCAGUAGGACAUAUGAGGGUGGUGGUCUUAGGGGCAUUAUAUAACAACACUUCAAGUGUCUUUGCGGCUACUGUAACCAUAUUUGCCCAUGCUUUUAGUUCAUCUGCCUUGUUUUGUUUAGCUUAUUAUAGAUAUGAAAAAAUUUCAAGACGAAGUAUAAUAUACAUAAAAGGGUAUUUAAUAAUUUUUCCGAUAUUAUCAUUACUAUGAUUUAUUUUUACCUGUAUUAACAUAGCAGCUCCACCAACAUUAAAUUUAAUUGGAGAGAUAUUAAUUGUUCCAAUGCUAUCAAAUUUAGGGGUAUAUUUUAUAGUAACUAUAGGUCUGUGUAUUUUUUUAUCUGCCUGUUAUAAUAUAUUUUUAUAUACUGCGGUCAAUCAUGGUAAAGGUAGUGAGUUUAUUAUUGGAGGAAAUCAGAUAACUAAUAAUCAAAUAUUAGUAAUAGUAAUACACAUAACACCACUAUUACUUUUGUUAAAAAUAAAUCUAUUUU